AUGUCUCGUCUUGCGCCUUUGGUCAUCGACAAUGGCACGGGAUAUAGCAAGAUGGGUUUCGCUGGAAACUCAGAUCCAUCAUUUGUAUUUCCAACAGCCAUUGCCACCCGUGGUACGUCAGGUGGUGGGAGUGCCUCCGGGCCAUCGAUCACCGGUCGACCUUCGAUCCCCUCCAAGCCUGGUGCUCUAUCUGCCUCCUCCAACAUUGCUACCAAACGGGGGAUCGACGAUCUGGACUUUUUUAUCGGAGAUGAAGCCAUCGCAAACAGUAAAACUUACAACGUCAACUAUCCUAUCAGACAUGGUCAGAUCGAAGACUGGGAUCUCAUGGAACGAUUUUGGCAGCAAACAAUAUUCAAAUAUCUCAGGGCUGAGCCAGAGGAUCAUCACGUCUUACUGACCGAGCCACCGAUGAACGCGCCCGAAAACCGCGAGCAAACUGCGGAAAUAAUGUUUGAAGGACUGAACAUCCAAGGGCUUUACAUUGCCGUUCAGGCGGUCCUUGCCCUAGCUGCCAGCUGGUCCAGCAAUAAAGUGACAGACCGAACGUUGACGGGGACGGUCAUCGAUUCAGGAGACGGGGUAACCCACGUGAUUCCAGUGGCAGAAGGAUACGUCAUUGGAUCGUCUAUCAAGCACAUCCCAAUUGCCGGACGAGAUAUCACCUACUUUGUACAACAGCUGCUCAGGGAUCGUAAUGAAUCCUUGAACAUCCCAGUCGAUGAGUCCUUAAGGAUUGCUGAGAAAAUCAAAGAGGAUUACGGAUAUGUCUGUGGUGAUAUGGUGAAGGAGUUCAGGAAGUACGACAGUGAACCAGAAAAAUACAUCAUUAAGCAUGAAGGCUUUGACACUCGAACUAACAAGGCUUAUACUAUCGAUGUCGGAUACGAAAGGUUUUUGGCGGCCGAAGUGUUCUUCAAUCCCGAAAUUUACAGCUCGGAUUUUCUGACUCCUCUACCCGAGGUCGUCGACAACGUGAUCCAAACUAGUCCGAUUGAUGUCCGUCGAGGAUUGUAUAAGAACAUUGUGUUAUCUGGUGGAUCAACGAUGUAUGAUCAUUUCGGCCGGCGGCUUCAGCGUGAUUUGAAGUCAAUUGUGGACGAUCGACUCUAUGCUUCAGAGGUAGCCAGUGGUGGAUUAAUCAAAUCAUCCGGAAUGGAUGUCAACGUGAUCACCCACAAGCGCCAACGUUAUGCCGUGUGGUUCGGUGGUAGUCUCAUGGCUUCAACGCCCGAGUUUUACAGUCACUGCCACUCGAAAGCCGAUUACAUGGAAUACGGGCCUUCGAUUUGCAGAAGAUAUCAAAUAUUUGGCUCUGCUGUUUAG